GGAAGAGGCGGGGAGGGGACAGGCUGCAGCCGGUGCAGUUACACGUUUUCCUCCAAGGAGCCUCGGACGUUGUCACGGGUUUGGGGUCGGGGACAGAGCGGUGACCAUGGCCAGGCUGGCGUUGUCUCCUGUGCCCAGCCACUGGAUGGUGGCGUUGCUGCUGCUGCUCUCAGCAGCUGAGCCAGUACCAGCAGCCAGAUCAGAGGACCGGUACCGGAAUCCCAAAGCCUCCUGCCUGUCCCACACCCUGAGAAGCAAGGACUAAGCCCAGGGAGUCUGUGCCAGCCAGGGCAGGGGCCUGCUGCUGGGGCUGGCAGUCAGGAAGAUGCCAAGCGGAAUGCUGAGCCUGGCCUUGGCACCCACAGGUAGUGCUUGUUCGCGGAUCUGGCAGAGCCCACGUUUCAUAGCCAGGAAACGGGGCUUCACGGUGAAAAUGCACUGCUACCUGAACAGCGCCUCCGGCAAUGUGAGCUGGCUCUGGAAGCAGGAGAUGGACGAGAAUGCCCAGCAGCUGAAGCUGGAAAAGGGCCGCAUGGAAGAGUCCCAGAACGAAUCUCUCGCCACCCUCACCAUCCAAGGCAUCCGGUUUGAGGACAAUGGCAUCUACUUCUGCCAGCAGAAGUGCAACAACACCUCGGAGGUCUACCAGGGCUGCGGCACAGAGCUGCGAGUCAUGGGAUUCAGCACCUUGGCACAGCUGAAGCAGAGGAACACGCUGAAGGAUGGUAUCAUCAUGAUCCAGACGCUGCUGAUCAUCCUCUUCAUCAUCGUGCCCAUCUUCCUGCUGCUGGACAAGGAUGACAGCAAGGCUGGCAUGGAGGAAGAUCACACCUACGAGGGCCUGGACAUUGACCAGACAGCCACCUACGAGGACAUAGUGACGCUGCGGACAGGGGAAGUGAAGUGGUCUGUAGGUGAGCACCCAGGCCAGGAGUGAGAGCCAGGUCGCCCCACGCCCUGGGUGCAGGCUCCCUGGCCUCAGUGACUGCUUCGGAGCUGCCUGGCUCAUGGCCCAACCCCUUUCCCGGACCCCCAGCUGGCCUCUGAAGCUGGCCCGCCAGAGCUGCCAUUCAUCUCCAGCCCCUGGUCCCCAGCUCUUGCCAAAGGGCCUGGAGUAGAAGGACAACAGGGCAGCAACUUGGAGGGAGUUCUCUGGGGAUGGACGGGACCCAGCCUUCUGGGGGUGCUAUGAGGGGAUCCGCCCCCACACAUGGGAUGGGGGAGGCAGAGACUGGUCCAGAGCCCGCAAAUGGACUCGGAGCCGAGGGCCUCCCAGCAGAGCUUGGGAAGGGCCAUGGACCCAACUGGGCCCCAGAAGAGCCACGGGAACAUCAUUCCUCUCCCGCAACCGCUCCCACCCCAGGGAGGCCCUGGCCUCCAGUGCCUUCCCCCGUGGAAUAAACGGUGUGUCCUGAGAAACCA